GGGAUCACAUCAGUCACACACACCAGCAAAUACACACAUACACACACACACACCUGAUCAGAUAUCCUAGACACACUCACCAAUGCACUCACACAUACAGGCACUCCCUCAGACACACGCACACCAUUCCAACAGUCUUUCUUGAGAACAGGAAAUCAAUAUCACUGUAAGAUCAAGUUGAACAUUUUUCAUUGGCCACUUAAGAGUUUGUGAAACUCUCUGAGGCGUAUAGUUUAUGGUUCCCUUUUUGUCACGUGGCACAUAAACUCUUUAUACUGUGUAAUCAGGGGCAGUUACACACAGUUAAAGUUGUAUACACGGGCAGUAGGUUACAUAUGGUUGCAUCCAACUGAACGUAUAGUGGUCUGUUCAGUCUCUAUGAUUAAUUCUGCACUGCAUACAUUGCCACAUUACCCCCUAUUAGUUUCCAUCUCUCGGCCAAGCCAUAAAAAAAACUGUUCCUGUUGUGAUCACACACAGAUACGCAUACCUAGACCAGUUUAACUGCUACCUGCAGCUGAAAGAGAGAGGUUAGUUAUAGGCGUGUCUACAAUUAUACAUUAUUACCGACAUAUUAUUACAGUGUUGAUAUAUUGUUCAGGGCAAACAGCCGUUAACAGGGUGGAUGACAUGGUCAGUUUGAACCAGUCAUUUUAUACAUGCUAAAUGGUCAGAAGUUAGGCUCAGGGAACGGGAAAGCAGGUCUUGGGCCAAUUGCAGUACAUUGGGGCACACUAUACAGAGGUGUUUCUCAGCACACAUUUAUCCACACAGAAAACGAUUUCAACAGAUCUCGGCUUCUCCUUUCUCCGGCUUGUAGCGCUGUGAAGGGUUUAUCAAGCUUAUGUCCCCAUUGUAAGGCUCUUUUGCUCGUGAAUCAACUCAAAUUGUAUUUGUCACAUGGGCUGAAUACAACAGGUCUGUAGACCUUACAGUGAAAUGCUUACUUACACGCCCUUCACCAACAAUGCAGUUUUAAGAAAAUACCUUUUAAAAAAAAGUCAAGAGAAUAAAGUAACAAAUCAUUCAAGAGUGGCAGUAAAAAAAACAAUGGCGAGGCUAUAUACAGGGGGGUAAUUUAAAGUGAAGGAUAUUUUUGAUACAAUAAAAAAAAAAAACUGUGAGAGGCUCAUAUUGCAGAGCAGUUGAGUUACUCCAGACAAAGUAAUAUGGCUAUUUUCGCUGCUUUAUGUGAACUUUAGGUUAUUGAGGAAGUACUUGACUCUGUAUGGCCUUGAGGCACCAAGCCAGUUCAGUCAUGUUUCACUGUAAAUCUGAGGGAAAACUACAGGAUGUAAUGCAGACGUGCACACAUGACUAAACCAUAAACGUCACCUUCAUACAAAUUUGAGAUGUUCUUUGCAUAGAUAACUGAAACUGACAUCUCCAAGGGGAGAAUGCUACGGGAUUGUGAGUUUGUACUCUUUGAUAUGGUUAAUGACAAUGGAAGACUCAAUUCAACUUGAAAAAAGAAAAGAGUUUGAACCUUUAGUGAGCCAAAGGAAGGGUUUUACUUGAGGCCUAUUGAGGUGGGUGUUGUUUAGGUUGUUUAAAUCGACAACACCUUUGAACCUACUACCGUCCUGUGCUUUGUAGUGCACACUUUGAAGUCUUCCAUUUUACAGUGACUUGAAAUUCAGUCCCCUGGGAAAGAACUGGAAAUAUUUGUUUGGGUUCUAUACAAUCCAUAUCAGCGUAUCAAGUUCAGCGUUACAGCGUGAUUGACAUUUAAAGGCAAUGUUCCGGCUUUAAAGGAGAUUGUAUUCACGCUAUGCCGCUCAAUCGGAAAUGAGCUUUCUAUAGUGCAAUCUUCAGCGAAACAGAUUGAAUAGAGCGCUCAGACUGACUCAUAGAUGGUGCAGUCUCAUGGCACUGACUUAAAAACAGCCUUGUUUUAAGCUGAUCCAAUUUGAGUGUACAAAACCUUUGUGUACAAAACAUUAGGAACACAUGCUCUUUCCAUGACAUAGACUGACCAGGUGAAUCCAGGUGAAAGCCAUGAUCCCUUAUUGAUGUCACCAGUUAAAUCCACUUCAAAUCAGUGUAGAUGAAGGGGAGGAGACGGGUUAAAGAAGGAUUGGAGACAAUUGAGACAUGAAGUGCGGUGACAUGCACAAAAUAAUAUGAUUAUUGUGGAUAGUCAGGUUAAUGUAGUAGUUUGCUUAAAACGUUUACGUGCUUUGCAAGAAUACCAAUUUCCCUAAUGAUCCUGUUUACAUGGACACAUCUGAAGUCAGGCUACCUGAUGGGACUUUUGAUGAAUGCAGAAAAUAGCCAAUCAAAAUAAACAUUCUACCACAACUGAAACUCAUAUUUACCUCCCUGGAACUUUGCAGUUGGUAUUGGAGUGGAAGAACAGGGAUGAAGACUUUCUCCUGUGUGUUUUCCUGCCUGGAUGACAGACUCCCCAUAGAGCUGCUGAUUCGCUCUAUCACAUCCCUUUAGUGUCCAGCUGGUCUUGCCAUCACACCUCACAGCUUCUCAAACAGUUGGGAAAACACUCUGACAACAAUUAUCACCCACUCAUCUAGUGGCAAACACACUUCUGUUCUGCCUUGUAGUGGCAGAACACCAAUACUAGCCCAAAGCCAGGGUACUCCCACGCCUUCACACACACACACCCUCUCUUUGUCACACACACACAUCAUGGCGAGCGUGUUGCCGUACGGCUGCUUCACCCACGCAGUGGUGCGGGGCAUCCCAGAGACCUUUGGGAAGGUUGAUAAUGAGGAAAACGACAAGGUCGAAAAUGGGGAAACCACGACGGACUUGGCCAAGGCACAGCGUCAGUUUGGGGUACUGACGGGGGCGCUGAGACAGAAGGUGGGGCUGCAGCUCAUAGAGAUCCCUGCAGACCCGGAGCUACCAGAGAGUUGGAGGAUAGAGGAUGUAGCUGUGAUACAGGGAGACACGGCACUCAUCACCAGGCCAUUCAAACAGCAGAGACGCAGAGAGGCUGAAGCGGUGAGGAGGGUGAUGUCGGAGCUGAACCUGACAGUGGUGGAGUUGGGGGCAGAGGAGGGAGGCGCCGUAGAGGCCACGCUGGAGGGCAGCGACGUGCUCUUCACUGGCAGGGAGUUCUUUGUGGGCAUCUCCUCCCACACCAACCACAGAGGAGCUGAGGUUCUGGCUGACACUUUCAGAGACUUCACUGUGUCCACGGUGCCAGUGUGUGAGGGAACUCGUCUAAAGAACAUCUGCUCUAUGGGAGGUCCUGAUACUAUCAUCAUCAGCAACAGUGAUGGGGCCAAGAAGACCCUCCGGAUGAUGGAGCAGCUGACUGAUCACCACUACGAAGUGCUCACGGUCCCGGAGGGCGCAGCAGCUAACUGUGUCUAUGUCAGGGGCCCCUCCAAAGUGGACUACCUGCUUCACCCGCCCACUGAGGAGUGUCCUGACAGUGUCCCUGCCUUCCAGAAGCUGACAGACUACACCCUCCUCCCUACAGCGUGCAGCGAGGCCUCCAAGCUCGGAGGCCAUCUGUCUUCAUUCUGCCUACUUAUCAAUAGGAAGCCAUACUUCUGAGUACCCUGCCCUUCUCCCAUAGUAAACACAUAGACCUUCAUUGGCUAUAGGAAAAUACAAAUGUGAACAUAAAGAAAAUGGCCAGCUGUUGGGCCAGGGGCUAAAGGGAAAAGUAUAAACUGUAUCCUUGGGACAUCGCAACUCUGACGUCACCCCAUUGAAGUUGACAUUUUAAAACUGUUACGGUAAGGGAUAAGGUUAGAGGGUAUGGUUUAGGGUUAAGUUUAGGGUAGGUAGGGAUGUCUCAAGCAUCCCGGAUAGCACUAACUGGAGCUAAAGAGGGUUCCCCUUCUGUGGAAAGAGUGCAGUGUGGCUUGAGGAUCUUUAAUAGGCUCUAGAUUUUAAAUGUAGGCGUACUGUAUACGGGCCUGACUCUACAGAGAUGCUCUCUGGAGAUGCUCUCUGGAGACAAAAGCAUAGCCAAAUCAGUUUUAUGUCCCUAUAUUAUAUAACAAGACUUGCUGCCAUUAUCCAAAAUGUCUGAUCCAUCCUCCGAACCACACUCUCUGCGAUCAGAGUAACUAGGCUGUUGUUACGUUGCGGCCAUAGAAAUAUAAUCCAUAGAAGGGACUUGCCACCGCUAACCAUGUCAAUUUGACUGGUAAACACAUGGGUACACUCACAGUGGCUGCCAGUACUGACUUAAAUUGGCACAUCCAUUGUAUAGAUUCUAUGGAUUCUGUCUAUGGUUGUAUAGGCCUUUUGCAAAUUUCAGGGCAGGUGGGGCAGAGCACU